GUUAACUUAUCAUUCCAAAAAGCAACAAAGAAACCUAGAAUUUUCAACUACCAAUAAGAUGAUGAAGCAAAUCAUCUUCCUCCCUUUCCUACUACAACUCUUUGCUCUCAUAGUAUCUACCCCACCAGCUCCAGCUCCAGCGAAACCAUUAGUCCCCUUAUUACCCCAAUCUCCCACGUCAGAUUCAUCUUCUGGUCAAGACAUCAUCAAAAUUCUAAGGAAGGCCAAAUCAUUCAACACACUAAUCCGCUUGCUCAAAACCACCCAAAUUAUCGACCAAGUCAAUGCACAACUUGUUACCACAAAAUCUGGAGGCCUAACCAUUCUUGCACCUGAUGAUGGUGCCUUCUCACAACUCAAAGCAGGUUACUUCAACUCUCUGGAUGAUCGCCAACAGAAAGAACUGAUACGGUUCCACGUUCUUCCGGUUUAUGUCUCCAGCUCCAACUUUGAUUCUCUUAGCAAUCCAGUGUUGACACUGGCCAGUGAUAGCCCCACAGGGUAUCAAAUAAAUGUGACGGCUUAUGCGAACAAUAUGAAUAUUUCAACUGGGGUGGUGAAUGCAACUCUCACAAGCGUUGUGUACUCCGAUAAAACUCUUGUCAUAUAUCACGUGGACAAGGUGCUUAUUCCUUUGGAUUUCUCGAAGCCUAAGGCUCCAGCUCCUGCUCCAACUCCAACGUUGGCCAAGGCACCUAAAGUUGAUAAGGGAGACACAAACAAAGCCACUUCUGCUUCCAACGCCAUCAAUUUAAUUAGCAGCCAUGGAACAAUGUUUGUGUCACUUGCUGUUGCUUUAGUCUCAGCAAUCUCCAGUUGAGGAAAACCCUUUUGUAGGCUAUUCCCAAAUUUUAGGAACAAGUUUUUACGUUACUCCUUUUGUGGAAUGCUAUUCAUCAUGCUCUUUUUCUGGUUGUCCUGGGAAGAGGGCUAUGUGAACCUUUUCCUUAUUUUCUUGUUUAAUUACUUUUAUGUGUAAUAUAAACUUAAUUAUUCUGUUGUAACGAAAAAGGAAGGCUUUUGAAGAUGACUCUACCUCAUUUUAUUUUUCGUCUUCA